UAAAAUUAACAGCUAAUUAAAAUUAUCAUUGUUGUUUACAAAUGAGCACAAGUACAUGAAAUUAACAAAGAAAUUCUUAAAUUAAAUUUCCAGAAUAUUAUUUCUAGAAUAUUAAAUGAACAUCUUGCAUUUUAAUUAUAUUCGAAUUACUCGACCACAUUCUAUUCUAUUCUCAUCUCAAUUAAAAAUGGAAUUUCGCUAUAUCUCCUCUUUUCUUUUUUUUUUGUUUUCUCUUCUUCUAAUUCGACAUAAAUGAGAUCAUACCAAUAAAAUCUUAUCGACAACAGAAAGCUCUGUUAAUCAGGAUUUUGUUUGAAAACUGCGUUGAAUUUCCACGUAGAUACGUGUCGAUAAAAAGCGAGCGUGAAAAAGACAAGCUAUUCGAUUUUAACACGAUAGAAGAUGAAAGAGAUUUCCACUCAACGUAGAAAAUAGUGAAAUAAUUGAAAAUUCGCGUACAAUAGUUAAUCACGAUGGUAUAUAGGUUUUACCAUUCCAGUGAAAUUGAAAAGAGCAAGAGCUUGAACAUUCAAAUUUAAUUAAUAUUCAAUAUAUUGCCUUUGCCAAUCCUUUAUACAAAAUAUCACGUGUAUAUCACAAUUUUGAUUGUAUUUUUAUAUCUUCUAAUUUAUUCAUCGAUGUGCUGAUAAUUUUUUGCAAGUUGAAUCUCUAAAAAAAUAUAGUAUAUCUAUCUAACAAGUUUAAGAAUUUCCUAAUAAUUUUAAAUUUUAUUUAACAAUUUAAAUAUUAUAUUCAUUUUGAUUAUGAUAAUCCAACGCAUAAUGUGCAGUUCAUUAAACUGUUUUUCGAAAUAACAAAAUCAUUCAAAAAGAUAAAUAUCUUUAAUUGAAGUGAUAAGAUCCGUAUUAUUCUCGUGCUUCGAAAACGUCUCGAUGCCAACUAUAAUAUCAAAAGAUAUGCAAAUAUGUAGAUUUCAAUUGAAACAUUCGGCAUUGAUCUUUGAAAGUAUGUAAAAGAUAAAUAACAUUCCGUUUCUUUAAUAUUAACUCAUGUCUGAAACAUCAUAUAAUAUUUAAUAUUUCUUUUAUCUCCACCUUCGAAAAGUGUUUGGAAAGUGUUUCACGAAUAUAUUAACAUCUUAUCUCAAUAUAUAUCGAUCAAAUAAAAACAUGUUGUGUCAAGCAUCGUUUAAGGCCUUGAUGAGCCUUAAACCAUUUCUCAUUUUAAAAAGACCUUGAUUACAUAUCAAAGUGGACCUAAUCUGUAUAUCCAGUCCCAAAACUUUUCAGAAGAGCGGACAAUGGCGUAACUCUAUAAUUCAAACGAAAUUGGUCGUUUCAACUCCUCUCAGUCCGCAAAUCGAUCCCUAACUUUCCGAAUAAAUCCUGUUUUCAGAUCAGAAUGCAACGCGAGGGAUCACGAUAAGCAUGAACAACGAAACGAAUGGCUCGUUGGAUGGUCCGACGGGCUACAAAUUAAAUCUUACAAAUCCAGACGAUUGCAACUAUUUCGAAUCCCAGAGCAUCUUCUCCACAAACUGGUUUCGCGGUAUCAUUUAUUUCGUGUAUAGCACGGUAUUCGUGGUCGCGUUAACAGGAAACGGCCUGGUCUGUUACGUGGUGCAUAGCAGCCCCCGAAUGAAGACCGUCACCAACUUCUUCAUUGUGAACCUCGCUCUGGGAGACAUUCUGAUAGCGUUGUUCUGCGUUCCAACCAGCUCCAUCAGUACACUGAUACUGCAAUAUUGGCCGUUUGGUCCGGAACUCUGUCCAACUGUUAUUUAUUUGCAGGCAGUAUCAGUUCUAGUGAGUGCUUACACGCUCGUUGCGAUCAGUAUAGAUCGUUACAUAGCUAUUAUGUGGCCUUUGAAGCCAAGAUUAAGCAAACGGCAAGCUCAACUUCUAAUUCUCGCUGUUUGGAUGCUGGCUAUGUUAAUAUCGCUUCCUAUAGCUAUUGUUUCAAAACUCUUCCAACCAUCGACCCAAUAUAAAAGAUGCAAUCAAUAUAUCUGUAUUGAAGUUUGGCCAUCAUUGGAGAACAGAUAUUAUUACUCGAUUGCGUUAUUGGUUCUUCAAUAUGUGAUACCAAUAACAGUACUAGUGUUCACUUAUACUAGUAUCGCUAUUAUGGUUUGGGGUAAACGACCACCAGGAGAAGCUGAAAAUAUCAGAGAUCAGAGAAUGGCACGUUCAAAGAGGAAGAUGGUAAAAAUGAUGGUGACAGUUGUAAUAGUGUUCACUGUCUGCUGGCUUCCAUUUAAUAUAUUGAACUUAAUAAUGGAUAAUAACGAAACUGUUGGAAGUUGGACCUGGUUCCCUUUUGUAUGGAUGAUUCUCCAUUGGUUGGCCAUGUCUCAUUCAUGUUACAAUCCAGUAAUUUACUGUUGGAUGAACGCAAGAUUUCGAACUGGUUUCAUAGCAGCAAUCGGUCAUUUACCUGGUACACAUCGAAUUCUUCGCAGAGAGAGACGUGAUAAUUAUAAUGCUAGUUUGGAUAUUCCCUUAACAGGUUUCAAUGAUUCAAAUCAUUCUGUCCUUCGACGUAUGAACACAUGCACAACAUAUAUUAGUGUUCGUCGCAAAGCAAAUGGAAAUCACACUGCACCUGCAAGAAGUGCAAGCUUCCGCAAUGAUUCUUUCCGACCAAUGGCACAACAAUUACAACGACAAUUCACUUAUCUGGAAUCUCAUACAGAGGAGCAAUUAUAAAGAAUUUUUGUAAUUAAAUUAACGAUUAAGUAUUAAAUGAGGGUAAAUAUGAGAUUAGUGAGUACAAUAUAUAGAAAAUUUAAAUAAUGUAAAAAUUUGCAAAAAAGAGAUAGCGUAUGGAGAUCAUGAAAGAAUAUGAAUUAAAAAAGAAUUGCAAAAUAUUACAACGAUAUUGUGUAAAAUUAACGUUGAUUUAAAAAAUACCAGUACAUAUAAUCCGAAAAAAAGAAAAUUUUUAAAUUUUUAAUCAAUAUAAUGAUAAGUUUUGCUGUGUUUUAUAAUUAAUACCAAACAUUUUGUACAAAAUAUUUGUGUAACAAUGAACAAUGUGAUUAGACAAGUGAUCUAUGUAGAUAUAUU